AUGAACUGGGGGGUGUUCGAAGGGCUCCUCAGCGGGGUCAACAAGUAUUCCACAGCCUUCGGCCGCAUCUGGCUCUCCCUCGUCUUCAUCUUCCGCCUGCUGGUCUACGUGGUGGCAGCCGAGCGCGUCUGGAGCGAUGACCACAAGGACUUUGAUUGCAACACGCAGCAGCCGGGCUGCAGGAAUGUCUGCUUUGACCACUUCUUCCCCGUCUCCCACAUCCGCCUCUGGGCCCUGCAGCUCAUCCUGGUGACCUGUCCUUCCCUCCUGGUCCAUCGACUCUCACUUUCAGCAGCCCCACUUUCACCCGUGCUGGGGCUGCCUUGGGCGUCACCUGCGAGAGAGAGAAAACCAGUCCCUGGCGUGUCCCAGCAUCCCAGCUCUGCAGCAGCCGCUUCUCCUUCGGCUCUCAGCAUUAGCAAAGCUCGGCGGCUGGUUUAG